AUGUAUAAAGUUAUUCUGGGAUUGUUAGUAAUUUCUGCACUAGCAACAGACGAAUUCAAUUUAAUCGAUAACUUAAAUUUACCAGAAGAACAUAUUCAAUAUUGGGUAAACCGUGAUAAUACGGUGCGCAAUUUGUGCUUCAGAAAUAAAAUUUGCCAUUCAAAGUAUGGAAUAAACAACAAUCACUGUUGGGGUUAUGAGCCAAAUUGUGAUCCAGAAAACAGUUAUUCGGUAGGAAAAGCAAAAUGCACGAAGCCAAAUAGUUGGGGUAAAAGCAGUAUCAAAUCACAAUUAGAAAUUUUUCAAAAACAAGGUGAUUUUCGGAAAUUAGCGGAAACAUUUAACAGUAUUGAACCAAUCUGCAUUUCAAAUCAUACAGAAGGUAGUUUUCUGGAAUGUUCCAGUCAUUUGAGAUUUUGUCGGGCAAGGAAUAUUUUCUUUGAUUUCAAAAAUUUGAAUUCAAAAACUUCGAAAAGAUAUCGUAAUGAUGUGAUCCAAAAAGGACAAGUUGGUGGAAAUUGUGAGGCAUUUAACAAAAAAUUGCUCCGUAGCAGAAUAGAUGAAAAAAGUUAUUUGCAAAGUUGGGCGCAUGAAUUAGAGUAUUUUGCAUCAUAUCCUGAUUUUCGAAUUUCGGAACAUCAUUGUGAUGUAAUUUUCGACAAACCAACAGUGUUGAUUAAACUGGAUGCAUCAGUAAAUAUGUAUCAUCAUUUCUGUGAUUUUAUCAAUCUAUAUGCAAGCCAGCAUAUUAAUGGUUCAAUUAAUAUGGAUAUCGAUAUUCUGUGGUGGGAUACAUGGUCUGGCGGUUUCAUAGAUUCCAUAUUUGGAGCUAUGUGGCAUGCUUUUACGGUGAACACACCUCAUGAAUUGAUUGAUUUGGAUGGGAAAAUGGUCUGUUUCCGGAAUACCAUGUUUUCGAUGCUUGCUCGGCAGCGGUUUGGUCUCUAUUAUAACAUGCCAUUAAGUAUCCUUAUGAUUUAA